AUGCGUGUAAAAAAGUUAGAGUCUGAGAACAAAUCAUUGUUGAAGAAAAUUGAAACCGAUCAGACAGAGAUUGAUUUCUUGAAGGUGAGGGUGACAGAGUUAGAGGAAGAAAAGACGCGCAGAGAUAAGCAAAAGAAAUAUUUUGAAUUAAAGAACAAAGAACUUAAAGCUGCGAAAGCGUUGAAAGAACAUGAGUUUUAUAUGAUGAACAAGGUGAUAGAGAGUAUGCUCGGAAAGUCUAUUGAGCAGAAGUUUGAGGAAAUUCAAGUUGAAGAGGUAAGACCUAAAUGCCAAGCUGAACUUGAAGCUCAGUUGAAAGACAAAGGCAAGAAUGCUGAAAGCAGUGUUGCAGCUUCUGAAAGAUCAAUCGUUCCAUCUUUAGUCGUUGAAAAUCCUGUUCCUUUAACAGCUACAUCUGGUAUCUUUGAUGAAGAAGUGUUGAUUGAAGAUCUGGGUAAUGUUGAUGGAGAUGUAGAGGAUGAUAGUGAAGAGGACGACGAUGAGGAGAAUGAUGAUGAAGAGGAUGACGAUGAUGAAAAAGUCUUCUCUAUGAGUAGUCAUUGUUCUGAUGAUGACAAUGAUGACGAUGAUAAUCAGGGAGGUACUGGUGUUACAGUGACCGAAGCUUCCAAAGAACAAAACGUUGAUGAUUUAAUGAAUGAUAGUGCAAAUGAAGAAACAGAGGGAGCUGAUGGAGAGGGGGAGCAUGUUGAUGAUCAGAAUGUUGAUCAAGUUGAAAAGAUGAUUCUUCGAUUGGAACCUCAUGUUGAAGAAGGUGAAAUAAGGCAUACUUACACGUUGAGUGAAAUUCUGAAGAUGUCUAAUGUGAAUGAAAAUGAAUUCAAGUUUGAUUUCGAAGAAGAACUGAAUGCAUUCGAUAUCAACCAUCAACCAGAGUAUGAAUACAAAUAUGUUGAAGAUGCAGAUGUGUAUGACAGGGUUGAGGUUGAAGACUGUUCUGAUGAGGAGAAUGUUUCUGAAGAUACUUCUAAUUAUCUAACACUGAUGGAGUCCUUCACUGAGGAAAACAGGGAUGAACUGAGAAGGAAAGUCGCUGAGAUACUAAAAGAUAAGAAUUUCGAUGGUAUGCCAAAAGAUCUUCAGAAAGAAGAGCGUAAAAAGUGGUUCAAAGAUAGUCAUGAAAGAAAGUUCAAGAGACCGUUGAAGGCUGAACGUGAAAGAAAGAAGCUAGAGUACAAAGGGAAAUGGAUGAAGAUACAGGCUGAAGAGGAAAAGAAAAAAAGGAAAGAGAAUGAUAGGCUGAGGAACUUGCUGAGAAAGAAGCCUAAGCCAAGAGAUGAAAGUUUUAAGUCGCUAUGA